CAAUUGCAAUAGUGAUGCCAAUGUCUCGCGUGAUCAAUAUACGCCACCAUGCAUUUUUUGCCAUACUUGCAAGCCACCGAAAAGGCUUUUAGUUGUUUUUAGCGAUAUUUGACGAUUACCAAUUUAUCAAAAUACGAAAUUUGGCGAUUUAGCGUUUUAUCAAGAGCAAUCAACUGUUUUUGAAAAUUGAGAAUGUCAGCGAAGAGGAAUUAAGCUUAAAGAAUUAGCAGAAUCGCAAAAUUCGCUAAAAUGCAUUUAAAAAAUUUUAGCGAUGAUAACGAAGAAGUCGUAGUACAAAAGAACUUAGGUACUACUACAGUACUUAUCGAUGGGGAAAAAGCGCCAAUGGAUUUAAUAUAUAAUGUAUUUACUACGAGUUCAAUUGCUAUAAGAGAUAUGUCUUCUUUGCACAGAAUGCACCGGACUGGACCACAUAUAAAAAUACGCCCGCCACGUCAACCGCUUGAUGGCAAACCUUUUGCAAAAGGUAUCGUAUUAAAAACGCUCAUCAAAAAACCCAAAAAACCUAAUUCAGCCAAUAGAAAAUGUGUUUUAGUGCGUCUAAGCACAGGCAAAGAGAUGGUGGCAUAUGUACCGGGCAUUGGGCACAAUUUGCAGGAGCACAACAUUGUACUAUUGCGUUGCGGACGGUUGCAGGAUGUACCUGGCGUUAAACUCAAAUGUGUGCGUGGAAAAUAUGACUUAGCACAUGUUAUUAAAAAAUAAAACUUUACUGCUGCAGUAUAUUCUUUAUAUUCAGCCAAAAAUUGUAAACAUUAAAAAUGUAUGUUUCGUUUGAGUAAAAGUUACACCCAAUAAAGCUAUUUUGAUACAUUUAUGAAUCUA